CUCAUUUUUCUCAUUUAACUGUAUCCACAGCUCGGCCCAGGCUAACCGAUAAGUGAGGGUUUCUGAGAUACGAUUGAUGCGGGAGGCCGUGGCGAAAGAAAGCUAAGCUUGAUAAUGAAUUAAUCAUGAAGGGCUCAAGGGGCUGUAAAGCCGUCUUGUUUUGCUAAUCUUGGGGACUUUUUGUCUUUUUUUUUUUUUCUUCUUCUUUUCUUUUCGUUCCCUUUUUUCUUCUCGUGCUUACUUUUUCCCCUUUGCCCUUGCAUCUUCUCAUCUGGGAAUUGAUUUGUUCCGGCGACAGGGCUGGGUUGAUUACGCUUUUCUUUUCUAAUUAACCGGCGAGGCAAGGCCUGACAUGCCCAGACAGUAAGCUUGAGCAUUUUCUUUUAUUUUUUUUUUUCCUCGACACGCACAGACCAAAACCCCCCCGGAGACCAGCCCAGCAUGGACUCUUCCAUGGAAUUGGGAGGCGGCCCCGGUGGAGUGGCUGUCCUCACCUUCAAGAGCAUCGCGUGGAUGGUAGGGCUGUGGAUGGUGUACAAGGUGGGAGUUGCGCUGUACAACAUUUCGCCAUUUCACCCGCUCGCCGCAUUCCCCGGCCCCAAGAUAGCUGCCGCCAGCUACCUGUACGAGGGUUAUUGGGAUUUCUGGCGGGUUGGAAGGUACACCAAGGUCAUUGAGCAGAUGCACAAGAAAUAUGGCCCCAUCGUACGCAUCAACCCUGACGAGCUUCACUGCUCCGACCCUCUGUUCGUGCACGAGAUCUACGCCGGCCCCGGCCGCGUCCGCGACCGCUGGCAGCAUGCCAUCAACACGGGCGGCAGCGGGCCCAUCGCCGUGACGGGCUUCUCCACCAUCUCGCACGAGCUGCACCGGCAGCGCCGCGCGCCCCUGAACCGCUUCUUCUCGCGGCAGCAGAUGCUCAAGCUCGAGGGCGAGGUGCUCGACUACGCGCAGCGCACCGUGGCCAAGAUGCUGCGCACCGAGGCCGGCAGGGGCGCCUUUGAGAUCAAGGAGGCCUUCAACUGCUUCACCGCCGACGUCAUUGGCCAGUACGCCUUUGGCCAGACCAUGGGCUUCGUCGACCAGGAGGGCUGGGAGCCCAGCUUCGCCACCAUGGUCGGCAGCUUCCUGAGGAGCGCCUACGUCAUGCGCCACGUCGCCAUCGCCCGCUGGGCCAGCGGCUUCCUGCCCUUCAUGGCCGACUACCUCGGCGAGGACAUCCGCUACGUCAUGAACAUGCUCGCCGUCACCAUCCCCGGCUACAUCAAGGCCUCGCUGGACGACCCCCAGAACGGCCGCGUGUUUGCCGACCUGAUGCAGGACGACAAGAUGCCCGAGGAGGAAAAGUCCAUGUAUCGGCUGUCGGGCGAAGGUUUCAACUUUUUGCUGGCUGGUACCGAGACCACUGCUGCAACCCUCACCUCUCUGACGUUCCACCUCCUGGACCAACCCAAGCUCUACGCCCGCCUGAUGAAGGACCUCGAAGGCGUGGACCCCGACAAGCCCAAGUGGACCGACGUGGAGCGCCGCCCCUACGUGUGGGCGCUGGUCCACGAGUCCCUCCGCACCAUGCCUGGAGUCUCGCACCGCUCGGCCCGCAUCGCGCGCGAGGAGGAGCUCGUGUACAAGUCGCAGGACGGCAAGUGGAGCUACGUGGUCCCGCGCGGCACCCCGAUCGGCCAGACCUCCAUGAUCAGCCACUGGGACGAGAAGCUGUUCCCGGACCCCGACAGGUUCGACCCGGAGCGCUGGCUGCUCGAGGACGGCACCCCCAACGUCGCCCUGGCCAAGUACCUCAUCGCCUUUGGCAAGGGCAGCCGCUCGUGCCUCGGCGAGAACCUCGCCUACUGCGAGGUCUACAUCAUGCUGGCCCUGGUCGCCUACAAGAUCCUCCCCAGGGCCAAGCUCGUCGACACCACCAUCGAGGACCUGACCUAUGACCACGAUUUGAUUGUCCUCCAGACCAAGAAGGGCUCCAUUUCGGUCAAGGUUGCGAUUGAGUGAGGCUGAAGAACGAGAAUCUAUUUUUGUCUUGUGGUGGCGCUGCUAGGCGAAAGAAGCAACACUAGACGAGAACUAGUGCAGAGUAGAUAUGGGGUAAAUACUGCUUCGAGGCAGUAGUAGGUAGUAAAUUAGCUACCCAUCUUAAUAGUACAGAAGGGGUUAAAUCUUUUGAUUUUCAGAAUUAAUUCGGCGCUGGACCAAUUAUUUCUGGGUGAUUGUACG